CGGCGGGAGCGUCGUUGCUAGGUGACGUCAGCGCGCCGGCCGACGCGCGGACGCGACAGCCGGUGUAGGAGGGGGGAGGGGGCCGCGCUCGAGUUCUCCAGCCCGGUGUAGGAUAUAUCACCCUCCUGCAAGAUGAGUAACAGCCAUCCACUCCGUCCUUACACAGCAGUAGGUGAAAUAGACCAUGUUCACAUUCUGUCUGAUCAUGUUGGUGUUCUGAUGAAUGGGGAGGAGUACAGUGAUGUUACCUUUAUAGUGGAAAAGAAACGUUUUCCUGCACACAGAGUGAUUCUGGCAGCGAGGUGCCAAUAUUUCAGAGCAUUAUUAUAUGGCGGAAUGCGUGAAUCUCAGCCUGAAGCAGAAAUCCCUCUCCAAGACACCACUGCAGAGGCCUUUACAAUGUUGUUAAAAUAUAUUUACACAGGCCGUGCCACAUUAAGAGAUGAGAAGGAGGAGGUCCUAUUAGACUUCCUGAGUUUAGCGCAUAAAUACGGAUUCCCAGAGCUGGAAGAUUCCACCUCUGAGUAUCUUUGCACCAUCCUUAACAUUCAGAACGUUUGCAUGACUUACGAUGUUGCUAGUCUGUAUUUGCUUCCCAAACUUACAUGUAUGUGCUGCAUGUUUAUGGACAGAAAUGCUCAAGAGGUGCUCUCCAGUGAAGGUUUUCUGUCACUUUCUAAGCCAGCUCUUCUCAGUAUUGUACUGAGGGAUUCAUUUGCAGCGCCUGAGAAGGAUAUUUUCCAAGCUUUGAUGAACUGGUGUAAACACAACCCGAAGGAAAAUCAUGCGGAAAUCAUGCAGGCAGUGCGCUUGCCACUGAUGAGUUUGACAGAGCUCUUAAAUGUUGUAAGGCCUUCUGGAUUGCUGUCGCCUGAUGCCAUUUUGGAUGCUAUUAAAGUUCGAUCUGAAAGUCGGGAUAUGGACCUCAACUAUAGGGGCAUGUUAAUACCAGGUGAGAACAUUGCCACUAUGAAAUAUGGAGCCCAGGUAGUGAAAGGGGAAUUGAAAUCUGCUUUGUUAGAUGGAGACACACAGAAUUAUGAUUUGGAUCAUGGAUUUUCCCGACACCCCAUUGAUGAUGACUGCCGUUCUGGUAUUGAAAUUAAAUUGGGUCAGCCGUCGAUAAUUAAUCAUAUACGUAUACUGCUAUGGGAUCGUGAUAGCAGGUCUUACUCCUAUUAUAUUGAGGUGUCCAUGGAUGAGCUAGACUGGAUCCGUGUAAUCGACCACUCCAGAUAUCUCUGUCGAUCUUGGCAGAAGCUGUAUUUUCCUGCCCGUGUCUGCAGGUACAUCAGAAUAGUUGGAACACACAACACAGUGAACAAAGUUUUCCAUAUUGUGGCUUUUGAAUGCAUGUUCACCAACAAAACCUUCACUCUUGAGAAAGGCCUGAUAGUUCCCACUGAGAACGUUGCAACGGUUGCAGACUGUGCCAGUGUGAUUGAGGGCGUAAGCCGAAGUCGCAAUGCCUUGCUGAAUGGAGACACAAAGAACUAUGACUGGGAUUCUGGGUAUACAUGCCAUCAGCUAGGCAGUGGUGCUAUCGUAGUGCAGUUGGCACAACCUUACAUGAUUGGAUCAAUUCGGUUACUUCUCUGGGAUUGUGACGACAGAAGCUAUAGCUAUUACAUUGAAGUUUCCACUAACCAGCAGCAGUGGACAAUGGUGGCCGACAGAACAAAGGUUUCCUGCAAAUCUUGGCAAGUAAUAACUUUUGACAGACAAGCAGCAUCUUUUAUCAGAAUUGUUGGAACUCACAACACAGCUAAUGAGGUGUUCAUUGUGUGCAUUUUGAGUGCCCAGCUCAAACUGCUGCCCACAAGGAGGAAGGCUGUGAGGAAGACAUGUGCACAAGUGGGCAGCAGCUGGCAUCCCGUCCACCUCGAGCUUCAAGUACCAGUUCUGUGCACUCUCUCCCAGGAUCCACUUCACACCCAUAAGCUCACCAAGCCUAUAAAGAGCCUGAAUAAAAGUAUUUACGACCCCAGUGCCAUGAUAAAAUUGUUCACCAUCUUCUUAUUGUAGGCACCUCUUGUUCUCUGAAUGGACAGAGGGGACCAUACUUGGCGGCUGGAGAUGUUCAAGUGGAAAAGGCUGCCCAAAGACUUGAGGGGUGGCUUCAUUUUGUUCAGAUCAGGAUGUUCUCCAGGGAAAAGAAAUGGGCUUUCAGUUUUCACCAACUCUCCUAUUUACACCCUACCUCUUUAACUGAACCAAAUCAGGUUGAUUGAAGGAAACAAACCAACAAAAAGCCAAGCCCAAUUGUAAUAUAAACAUGCCAUGUGAACAGUAUGGAAAAGAGAUCAUUACAUGUGCCUGCAGAAGGUACUUCCUAGGAAAUGGGUGUUCCCUUAGAAUGUUUAUGGAAGAUAAUGUGUACAGAAACCAUAUUUUUUAUUUAAUUUAUUCUUGAUCCACAUUUCUUUGUAAAUUGCAUGCCAUUUUCAAAGUCUAAGAACAUAAGAGCCUGCUGGAUCAGGCCAAUGGGCCCUCUAGUCCAGCACCCUGUUCUCACAGUGGUCAACCAGAUGCCUGUG